CUCAUAAACUUUGUGGUAUCGCACGUAUCGAAAUUAUUCGUGCAAAAAAUCUUAGGCAAGCCGAUACAUGGUUUGGAGGUGGUUCCUCUGAUCCAUAUGUUAGGAUAACAAACAUUUCUACUAGUUUGGUGUUCGGUCAAUCACGUAUCAUCUACUGCAACUGUAAUCCCAUUUGGAGAGAAGUUUUCUAUAUUCCAAUUUAUGAUAUUCGUGAAAAAUUCAAUUUACAAGUUUUUGACUAUAAUGCUUACUUUAAGCAUUCAUUUUUGGGUUUCUACAUUCUUGAUCUCAAAUCUAUAAUUAAAGAACUUCCUGAUGGUUCUUUAAAAGGAAAGCAAUUAAAUCUUGAUGCAAAUCUCACUUAUAAAGGAAGUUCCAGAGGAAAGUUAUCGUUUUCCGCUGACUUUUUCUCGCUUUCCGAAUUCGAUAAUGAUUCGGAAAUUAUUACCACAACUAAUGUUGCGAAUAAACAUUUAUAUCUCAUUACGACUUAUCAACUUGAAUGUGGUUGCUUUGAACUUACCGAUUCUUUAGCAAAAUUAUUUAACUUUUCUUCUAAAGAUGAUCUUAUUAAAGCUUUUUCUGCUCACGUACAAAAUGAUAAGGAAGUUCUUAAUUUGGAUCAUAAUAUUUGGGUAACUGUCCUUGUCACUUCUUUCCUUAAGGCUUUGAUGUGGGAUAAAUGUCGUGAGUGGUUGAAUAUUUACAACAGCGCUGAGUCUUGGUUGAGUGAAACUAUUCUCGAUAUAGAUGUAGAAGAACGUCUGUAUGAUUAUUCAAAUAAAUUUGUUAUUAAACGCUUUGAAGUCACUAAAUGGGUUGAUGAUGAUCAAAAAAGAAGUUUGGGUCUUAUCUCUAUUUCAAAGAAACCAAUCACUCGACGAUAUGUUACUAUACGUAUUGUUCGUCGAUUCAUCACUUAUCAGAAUGAAUCUGGUUGUUUCGAACUUACCACUCAAUUAGCCGAAUCUUUGGGCUUUAACUCGAUUGAAGAAGCCAAACAACAUUAUGAAACUCAUUUUUCAUCUCAGUCACCUAGAAUUGCUCAAUUGGAUGCUCAUGUUUGGAAUACUGCUAUUUUGAUUUGGUAUCUUCGAUAUGUAUUAGUUGAUUUCCGAAGUGAGUGGGCUGAGGUACACCCAAAAGCAUAUGAUUGGCUUUGUGAACAGGUGAAAGAUGAUAAAGCGCGGGAAGAACUUCUUGAGGCUGCUAAAAUCUUUGUUGUUAAAAGAUUUGAAGUUGAUCAGAGUGCUAUAAAAGAAGAUAAAACUUUUAAAAUUAAAGCUAAGGAUAGUCGAAGUCGGGGUAUUGAUUUUGAAGUUGAUCAUUUUUCCCAUAAUGAUGAGGUUAUUGGAAUAAUUAAAAUUAUUGUUAAGUGUGCUAAAGAUCUUAGAGAAUCCGAUAGUUGGUUUAACAUUUCUAAUCCAGAUCCGUACAUUCGUAUUGUGAAUGCUGCUGGAAAUGAAAUCGCUCGCUCUAGUGUUAAUCAUGGAACUGUUAAUCCAGAAUGGAACGAAAUUUAUUUCGUUUCAAUUCAUAGUCCAGGCGAAAAAAUUUCAUUCGAAAUUUUUGAUGAAAAUCUUUUUAUAGCUGAUAAACCUCUUGGUAUCUACGUCUUGGACACUAGCAUUUUAGUAAAAAAUGAAGAGUCUAAAUGUAUUAAUGAUUGGUUCCCACUUCAAAUUGGUAAUAAGCCAGUUAAAGGAAAAUUAAACUUGGAAUAUCAACUUUUCCCCACCUCCUUCACCGAUGGUGAAAAAUUUGUUUUUACUAAAGAUUCCAUUACAGCUCAACAUUUAUAUAUUCUUAUCAGCAGCCGUAAAGCAAAUAGAUCAUUUGAAUUCUCAGACAAAUUGGCGCGUUUCUUUAAUUAUAAAUCAUGUAAAGAAUUGAAAGAAGGCUUUACGAAGCAUAUUUCUUCAAACAAAGACAUUUUAAAUUGUGAUUUGACUAUAUUAUCUACGGCUCUUACGAUUACAUAUUUUAAGGUUUUAUGUUGGAAAUAUUAUGGUGAAUGGAAACGAAUUAUCGAAGAUAGUGAAGUUUGGCUCAGUAAAGAAAUUAAUAACAUUGAAAUCGAAAAUCAAUUGUAUGAUUUAUGUAAAAAGUUCAUUUAUAAUCGUUUUAAUAUUAACAUUAAAAAUCUUGAUAAAGCUCAAUUGGAAAUCAUAGAUACAGCAAAACAAACAAUUAUUACACGAAAGAUUAUCACCAUUCGUUAUAUUCGUACACUUAUUUCCCAUCAAAAUAAAGAUGGUUGUAUUGAUCUAAAUGAAAAGGUCGCUGAUUACUAUGGCUUCAAAAAUGUCGACGAAUUUAAACAACAUCUGGAAAAAUUUUUUAAAACAGAGCGUGUCACCAAAAUUCAUUAUAACGUUUGGGUUACUGCAUGUACUAUUUGGUAUCUACGUUUAGUAGCUGUUGAUCAUCGAAAUGAAUGGAUUUCUAAUUACGAGAAGUUAUCCGAAUGGUUAACUAAACAAUGUAACGGAGAUAAUGAACUUGAGAAUGAAGUCAUGGGAUGUGCUAGGGAAUUUAUUGCUUCAAGAUAUGAAGUUGAUAAUGGAGCUAUAGAAGCUGAUAAUAGCUUCAUCACAGCUGUUAAGACUAAAGAAAUAGCAAGGAAAGAAGAAGCGAACAAAACCAAAGCUAAAAGCUUUUUCGGUGGGAUUUAUGAAGCAGCUGCUAAACUUGGUGAUCAGAUUGAGGAUGUCCUUACAUUUAAUAAAGACGAUCAUGAUGAUCACGAAAAAGCAGAAGCUCUUAUUAUCGUUGAAGAAUCAGCCACCCCUGAAAAAUGUAAAGAAAUUAUUUCAGACCAAAAAGAAGAUGGUUGUAUUGAAUUAAGUGAUUUAGUUUGUAAUGAAUUAGAUGUUCCAAAAGAAGAAAUCAUUAGAACAAUUCAAAAGAAAAUUACUAAUAUUAAACUUAAAUCACCCGAGUUUUCAUCAAGUAUUAAAACGGCUAUUAAUAUUGCAUAUCUUAAGAAAGCUGCGUCUCAAUAUAAAGGUGAAUGGGAAGAUAAAUAUAAUAAAGCCUGUGAAUAUCUCUCAAAACAAAUAAACGAUGCUGAUGCGGAAAAAGAGCUUUUGGAAUGUGCAGGCAAUUACGUAGUUGAGAAUUGUACAAAGAAGGUGAUUAAAAAUAAAAAGAGAAAUGCAAUUGUUACCGUUCGAAAUCUUACCACUCCUGAAAAAUGCGAAAAUGUAGUAUCUAAUCAGAAGGAUAAUGGAUGUUUUGAAGUCAAUGAAACUAUUUGUAAUGAAUUAGACAUUCCUGUUACAGAAGUAGUAACCAAAGUAAAAACACGAACAAAAAAUAAGAAACUUAAAUCUCCAGAAUCAGAAUCAUGGUGGAAAACAGCGCUUACUAUUAGUUACCUUAAAGUUACUGCACCGCAUCACGAAAAUAAAUGGAAAGAUAAAUGUGAUAAAGCUAAAGAAUAUCUUUCUAAACAAAUUGGAGACGCUGAUGUCGAAAAAGAAAUAUUAGACUGCACUGACAAAUUUGUAGUUGAUAAUAUUACAAAAAAGGUUGAAAAAGAUCAUAAGAAAAAUGUUGCAAUUACUAUUAUUAAAGAGUCGAGUUCCCCUGAGAAAUGUGAAGAAAUUGUAUCUAAUCAGAAAGAAGAUGGCAGCAUUGAACUAGGUGAUUCGAUAUGCAAAGAAUUAGAUACUCCUAAAGAAGAAAUAAUCACUACGAUUAAAAAGAACAUUACCAAUAUAAAACUUCAAUUACCUGAUCUUUCAUCAAGUCUUACGACUGCUAUUAAUAUUUCGUAUCUUAAAAAUGCAGCGUCUCAGCAUAAAGGUGAAUGGGAAGAUAAAUAUAAAAAAGCCCGUGAAUAUCUUUCUAAUCAAAUUGGAGAUAAAGACGCCGAAGAAGAACUAUUAGAAUGUGCUGAUAAAUAUGUAGUUGAUAAAGUAAUUGAUGAACAUAAAAAAUAUGUAAUCGCCAAUAAAAAAGAUGAAAUAUCGAAAGAACUUAAAUCUAAAAAAACUAAAAGCUUCUUCGGUGGGAUUUAUGAAGCAGCUGCUAAACUUGGUGAUCAGAUUGAAGAUGUUAUUACGUUCAAUAAAGAUGAUCAUGACGACCAUGAAAAAGCAGAAGCUCUUAUUAUUGUUGAAGAAUCAGCCUCUCCUGAAAAAUGUAAAGAAAUUAUUUCAGAUCAAAAGGAUGAUGGUUGUAUUGAAUUAAGUGAUUCAGUUUGUAAUGAAUUGGAUGCUCCUAAAGAAGAAAUCAUUUCAACAAUUCAAAAGAAAAUUAAUCAUAUUAAACUUAAAUCACCCGAGUUCUCAUCAAGUCUUGCAACUGCUAUUAAUAUUUCAUACCUUAAGAAAGCUGCAUCCCAAUACGAAGGUCAAUGGAUAGAUAAAUAUAAUAAAGCUCGUGAAUAUCUUUCAAAACAGAUAGGAGAUGCUAAUGCCGAGAAAGAGCUUUUAGAAUGUGCCGAUAACUACGUAGUUGAGAAUUGUACAAAGAAGGUGAUUAAAGAUAAAAAGAGAAAUGCAAUAGUUAUAAUUCGAAAUUUUAUCACUCCUGAAAAAUGCGAAAAAGCAGUGUCUAAUCAGGAGGAUAAUGGAUCAUUUGAAGUAGAUGAGACAAUCUGCAAAGAAUUAGAUGUCCCCAUUACCGAAGUAGUAACCAAAGUAAAAACACUAACAAAAAAUAAGAAACUUAAACCGUCAGAAUCAGAAUCAUGGUGGAAAACUGCACUUACAAUUAGUUACCUUAAAGCUGCCGCACCACAUCAUGAAAACCUAUGGAAAGAUAAAUGUGAUAAAGCUAAAGAAUACCUUUCUAAACAAAUUGGAGACGCAGAUGCCGAAAAAGAAAUAUUAGAUUGCACUGAUAAAUAUGUUAUUGAUACUAUUACUAAAAAAGUUGAAAAGGAUCAUAAGAAAAAUGUUGCAAUUACUAUUGUUCAAGAAUCGGUUUCUCCUGAGAAAUGUAGAGAAAUUGUAUCUAAUCAAAAAGAAGAUGGCAGUAUUGAAUUGAAUGAUUCUGUUUGCAAAGAAUUAGAUGCUCCUAAAGAAGAAAUGAUUACUACAAUUAAAAAGAACAUUACUAAUACAAAACUUCAAUUGCCCGAAUUUUCGUCAACUCUUGCAACUGCUCUUAAUCUUUCGUACCUUAAAAAUACUGCGUCUCAAUAUAAAGUUGGAUGGGAAGAUAAAUAUAAUAAAGCCCGUGAAUAUCUUUCUAAUCAAAUUGGUGAUAAAGACGCCGAAGAAUUAUUAGAAUGUACUGAUAAAUAUGUAAUCGAUAAAGCAACGAGUAAAGUAAUUGAGGAACAUAAAGAGGAUGUAAUUACUCUCAAGAAAGAUGAAAUACCGAGAGAACUUAAAAAAGAAUCCAAAAAAGAAUCCAAAAAAGUUUUAAGCUUUUUCGGUGGGAUUUAUGCAGCAGCAGCCAAACUUGGUGAUCAGAUUGAAGAUACCCUUACAUUUAAUAAAGAUGAUCAUGACGACCAUGAAAAAGCAGAAGCUCUUAUAGUCGUUGAAUACUCAGCCUCUCCUGAAAAAUGUAAAGAAAUAAUCUCAGAUCAAAAAGAUGACGGUUGCAUCGAAUUAAGACAAUGGAUAGAUAAAUACAAUAAAGCUCGUGAAUAUCUUUCUAAGCAAAUAGGCGAUGCUAAUGCGGAAAAAGAACUUUUGGAAUGUACAGGCAAUUACGUAGUUGAGAAUUGUACAAAGAAGGUGAUUAAAGAUAAAAAGAGAAAUGCAAUCGUUACCGUUCGAAAUCUUACCACUCCUGAAAAAUGCGAAAAGGUAGUAUCUAAUCAAAAGGAUAAUGGAUCUUUCGAAAUCGAUGAGACGAUCUGCAAUGAAUUAGAUAUUCCCAUUACAAAAAUAGUAACCAAAGUAAAAACACGAACAAAAAAUAAGAAACUUAAAUCCCCAGAAUCAGAAUCAUGGUGGAAAACAGCGCUUACUAUUAGUUACCUUAAAGCUACUGCACCACAUCAUGAAAAUAAAUGGAAAGCUAAAUGCGAUAAGGCUAGAGAAUACCUCUCUGGACAAAUUGGAGACGUAGAUGCCGAAAAAGAAAUAUUAGAUUGCACUGACAAAUAUGUAGUUGAUAAUAUUACUAAAAAAGUUGAGAAAGAUCAUAAGAAAGAUGUUGCAAUUAGUAUUAUUCAAGAGUCGGUUUCUCCUGAGAAAUGUAAAGAAAUUGCAUCUAAUCAAAAAGAAGAUGGCAGCAUUGAACUAGGUGAUUCAAUAUGCAAAGAAUUAGAUGCUCCUAAAGAAGAAAUCAUUACUACGAUUAAAAAGAACAUUUCCAAUAUAAAACUUCAAUUACCUGAUCUUUCAUCAAGUCUUACGACUGCUAUUAAUAUUUCAUAUCUUAAAAAUGCAGCGUCUCAGCAUAAAGGUGAAUGGGAAGAUAAAUAUAAUAAAGCCUGUGAAUAUCUUUCUAAGCAAAUUGGGGAUAAAGACGCUGAAAAAAAACUAUUAGAAUGUGCUGAUGAAUAUGUAGUUGAUAAAAUAACAAAUAAAGUUAUUGUGGAACAGAAAAAAGAUGUAAUUUCCCUUAAGAAAGAUGAAAUACCGAAAGAACUAAAAUCUAAAAAAGGUAAAAGCUUUUUUGGUGGGAUUUAUGAAGCAGCUGCUAAACUUGGUGAUCAGAUUGAAGAUGUCAUUACGUUUAAUAAGGAUAAUCAUGACGAUCAUGAAAAAGCAGAAGCUCUUGUUAUUGUUGAAGAAUCAGCCUCUCCUGAAAAAUGUAAAGAAAUCAUUUCAGAUCAAAAGGAUGACGGUUGUAUUGAAUUGAAUGAUUCAGUUUGUAAUGAAUUAGAUGCUCCUAAAGAAGAAAUUAUUUCAACAAUUCAAAAGAAAAUUAGUAACAUUAAACUUAAAUCACCCGAGUUUUCAUCAAGUCUUGCAACUGCUAUUAAUAUUUCAUACCUUAAGAAAGCUGCGUCUCAACAUAAAGGUGAAUGGGUAGAUCAAUAUAAUAAAGCUCGUGAAUAUCUAUCAAAACAGAUAGGAGAUGUUAAUGCUGAGAAAGAACUAUUAGAAUGUGCCGAUAACUACGUAGUUGAGAAUUGUACAAAGAAGGUGAUUAAAGAUAAAAAAAGAAAUGCCAUAGUUACCUUUCAAAACUCAACCACUCCUGAAAAAUGCGAAGAAAUAUUAUCUAGUCAAAAGGAUGAUGGAUCUUUUGAGGUCAAUAAGACGAAUAUUAGGGAAGAAAUAACUAAUGUAAAAACACGAACAAAAAAUAAGAAACUCAAGUCCCCAGAAUCAGAAUCAUGGUGGAAAACGGCACUUACAAUUAGUUACCUCAAAGUUGCCGCACCACAUCAUGAAAAUAAAUGGAAGGAUAAAUGUGAUAAAGCUAGAGAAUACCUUUCUAAACAAAUUGGAGACGCAGAUGCCGAAAAAGAAAUAUUAGACUGCACUGACAAAUAUUUUGUUGAUCAUAUUACAAAAAUUGUUGAAAAAGAUCAUAAAAAAGAUGUUGCAAUUAGUAUUAUUCAAGAGUCGGCUUCUCCUGAGAAAUGCGAAGAAAUUGUAUCUAAUCAGAAAGAAGAUGGCAGUAUUGAACUAGGUGAUUCAAUAUGUAAAGAAUUAGAUGCUCCUAAAGAAGAAAUCAUUACUACGAUUCAAAAGAACAUUACCAAUAUAAAACUUCAAUUACCAGAGCUUUCAUCAAGUCUUACGACUGCUAUUAAUCUUUCAUAUCUUAAAAAUGCAGCGUCUCAAUAUAAAGGUGAAUGGGAAGAUAAAUAUAAUAAAGCUCGGGAAUAUCUUUCUAAUCAAAUCGGAGAUAAAGACGCCGAAGAAGAAUUAUUAGAAUGUGCUGAUAAAUAUGUAAUUGAUAAAGUAAUUGAGGAACAGAAAGAAGAUGUAAUUGCCCUUAAUAAAAUACCGAAAGAACUUAAAUCUAAAAAAGGUAAAAGCUUUUUCGGUGGGAUUUAUGAAGCAGCUACCAAACUUGGUGAUCAGAUUGAAGAUGCCCUUACAUUUAAUAAAGAUGAUCAUGACGAUCAUGAAAAAGCAGAAGCCCUUGUUAUCGUUGAAGAAUCAGCCUCUCCUGAAAAAUGUGAAGAAAUUCUUUCAGAACAAAAGGAUGACGGUUGCAUUGAAUUAAAUGAUUCAGUUUGUAAUGAAUUAGACGCUCCUAAAGAAGAAAUUAUUACAACAAUUCAAAAGAAAAUUACUAAUAUUAAACUUAAAUCACCCGAGUUUUCAUCAAGUCUUACAACUGCUAUUAAUAUCUCAUAUCUUAAGAAUGCCGCAUCCAAAUACGAAGGUCAAUGGAUAGAUAAAUAUAAUAAAGCUCGUGAAUAUCUCUCAAAACAGAUAGGAGAUGCUAAUGCUGAGAAAGAACUUUUAGAAUGUGCCGAUAACUACGUAGUUGAGAAUUGUACAAAGAAAGUGAUUAAAGACAAAAAGAGAAAUGCAAUAGCUACAGUUCAAAACUCAACUACUCCUGAAAAAUGCGAAGGUGCAGUCGCUAAUCAAAAGGAUAAUGGAUCCUUCGAAAUCAGUGAUACGGUCUGUAAAGAAUUGGACGUUCCCGUUAUAGAAGUAGUAACCAAAGUAAAAACACAAACAAAGAAUAAGAAACUAAAGUCCCCGGAAUCAGUAUCAUGGUGGAAAACAGCACUUACUAUUAGCUACCUUAAAGUAUCCGCACCACAUCAUGAAAGUUUAUGGAAAGAUAAAUGUGAUAAAGCUAGAGAAUACCUUUCUAAACAAAUUGGAGAUGCAGAUAUCGAAAAAGAAAUAUUAGAUUGCACUGACAAAUAUGUUGUCGAUAAUAUUACCAAAAAGGUUGAAAAAGAUCAUAAGCAAAAUGUUGCAAUUACUAUUAUUCAAGAGUCAACUUCUCCCGAGAAAUGUGAAGAAAUUGUAUCUAAUCAAAAAGAAGAUGGCAGCAUUGAAUUAAAUGAUUCUGUUUGCAAAGAAUUGGAUGCUCCUAAAGAAGAAAUGAUUACUACAAUUAAAAAGAACAUUACUAAUGCAAAACUUCAAUUGCCCGAAUUAUCGUCAUCUCUUGCAACUGCUAUAAAUCUUUCUUAUCUUAAGAAUGUUGCGUCUCAAUAUAAAGGUGAAUGGGAAGAUAAAUAUACUAAAGCCCGUGAAUAUCUUUCUAAUCAAAUUGGUGAUAAAGACGCCGAAGAAGAACUAUUAGAAUGUGCUGAUAAAUAUGUAGUUGAUAAAGCAACAAUUAAAGUAAUUGAGGAACAUAAAGAAGAUGUGAUUUCCCUCAAGGAAGAUGAAAUACCAAAAGAACUUAAUAAAGAACCUAAAAAAGAAUCUAAAAAAGUUUUAAGCUUUUUUGGUGGGAUUUAUGAAGCAGCUACUAAACUUGGUGAUCAGAUUGAAGAUGUCAUUACGUUUAAUAAGGAUGAUCAUGACGACCAUGAAAAAGCAGAAGCUCUUGUUAUUGUUGAAGAAUCAACCUCUCCUGAAAAAUGUGAAGAAAUUCUUUCAGAUCAAAAGGAUGACGGUUGUAUUGAAUUGAAUGAUUCAGUUUGUAAUGAAUUAGACGCUCCUAAAGAAGAAAUCAUUACAUCAAUUCAAAAAAAAAUUAGCAACAUUAAACUUAAAUCACCCGAGUUUUCAUCAAGUCUUUCAACUGCUAUUAAUAUUUCAUACCUUAAGAAAGCUGCAUCCCAAUACGAAGGUCAAUGGAUAGAUAAAUAUAAUAAAGCUCGUGAAUACCUUUCAAAACAGGUAGGAGAUGCCAAUGCUGAGAAAGAACUUUUAGAAUGUGCCGAUAACUACGUAGUUGAGAAUUGUACAAAGAAGGUGAUUAAAGAUAAAAAGCGAAAUGCAAUAGUUACCAUUCAAAGCUCAACCACUCCUGAAAAAUGCGAAGAUGCGGUAUCGAAUCAGAAUGAUAAUGGAUCUUUUGAGAUCACUGAGACGAUUUGCAAAGAAUUAGACGUUCCCAUUACCGAAGUAGUAACCAAUGUAAAAACAUGCACAAAAAAUAAGAAACUUAAACCAUCAGAAUCAGAAGCAUGGUGGAAAACAGCACUUACUAUUAGUUACCUUAAAGUUACUGCACCACAUCAUGAAAAUUUAUGGAAAGAUAAAUGUGAUAAAGCUAGAGAAUACCUUUCUAAACAAAUUGGAGACGCUGAUGCCGAAAAAGAGAUAUUAGAUUGCACUGAUAAAUAUGUUAUUGAUACUAUUACUAAAAAAGUUGAAAAGGAUCAUAAGAAAAAUGUUGCAAUUACUAUUGUUCAAGAAUCGGUUUCUUCCGAGAAAUGUAAAGAGAUUGUAUCUAAUCAAAAAGAAGAUGGCAGCAUUGAAUUGGACGAUUCUGUUUGCAAAGAAUUGGAUACUCCUAAAGAAGAAAUAAUUACAACGAUUAAAAAGAACAUUACUAAUACAAAACUUCAAUUGCCCGAAUUAUCGUCAACUCUUACAACUGCUAUUAAUCUUUCGUAUCUUAAGAAUGCUGCAUCUAAAUAUAAAGGUGAAUGGGAAGAUAAAUAUAACAAAGCUCGUGAAUAUCUUUCUAAUCAAAUUGGUGAUAAAGACGCCGAAGAAGAACUAUUAGAAUGUGCUGAUAAAUAUGUAGUUAAUAAAGUAACAAAUAAAGUAAUUGAGGAAAAGAAAGAGGAUGUAAUUACUCUCAAGAAAGAUGAAAUAACGAGAGAACUUAAAAAAGAAUCCAAAAAAGAAUCCAAAAAAGUUUUAAGCUUUUUCGGUGGAAUUUAUGAAACAGCUGCUAAGCUUGGUGAUCAAAUUGAAGACGCACUUACAUUUAAUAAAGAUAAUCAUGACGAUCAUGAAAAAGCAGAAGCUCUUAUUGUCGUUGAAGAAUCAACCUCUCCUGAAAAAUGUGAAGAAAUUAUUUCAGAUCAAAAGGAUGACGGUUGUAUCGAAUUAAGUGAUUCAGUUUGUAAUGAAUUAGAUGUUCCUAAAGAAGAAAUUAUUACAACAAUUCAAAAGAAAAUUACUAAUAUUAAACUUAAAUCACCCGAGUUUUCAUCAAGUCUUGCAACUGCUAUUAAUCUCUCAUAUCUUGAAAAUGCAGCGUCUAAAUAUGAAGGACAAUGGAUAGAUAAAUAUAAUAAAGCUCGUGAAUAUCUUUCUAAGCAAAUAGGCGAUGCUGAUGCGGAAAAAGAGCUUUUAGAUUGUGCAGACAAUUACGUUGUCGCUAAUUGUACAAAGAAGGUGAUUAAAGAUAAAAAGAGAAAGGCAGUAGUUACAGUUCGAAACUUGACAACACCCGAAAAAUGCGAAAAUGUAGUGUCUAAUCAGAAAGAUAAUGGAUCAUUUGAAAUCGUUAAAACUAUCUGUGAAGAAAUAGACAUUCCCGUUACAGAAGUAGUAACCAAAGUAAAAACCCAAACAAAAAAUAAGAAACUCAAGUCCCCAGAAUCAGAAUCAUGGUGGAAAACAGCACUUACUAUUAGUUACCUUAAAGUAUCCGCACCACAUCAUGAAAAUUUAUGGAAAGAUAAAUGUGAUAAAGCUCUGAAGUACCUUUCCGAACAAAUUGGAGACGCAGAUAUCGAAAAAGAAAUAUUAGAUUGCACUGACAAAUAUGUAGUUGAUAAUAUUACUAAAAAGGUUGAGAAAGAUCAUAAGAAAGAUGUUGCAAUUACUAUUAUUAAUGAGUCAACUUCCCCUGAGAAAUGUAGAGAAAUUACAUCUAAUCAAAAGGAAGAUGGCAGCAUUGAACUAGGUGAUUCAAUAUGCAAAGAAUUAGAUGCACCUAAAGAAGAAAUAAUUGAUACGAUUAAAAAGAACAUUUCCAAUAUAAAACUUAAAUUACCUGAUCUUUCAUCAAGUCUUACGACUGCUAUUAAUAUUUCAUAUCUUAAAAAUGCAGCGUCUCAGCAUAAAGGUGAAUGGGAAGAUAAAUAUAACAAAGCUCGUGAAUAUCUUUCUAAUCAAAUUAGUGAUAAAGACGCUGAAGAAAAACUACUAGAAUGUGCUGAUAAAUAUGUAGUUGAUAACAUAACAAAUAAAGUAAUCGAGGAACAGAAAAAAGAUGUAAUUACCCUUAAGAAAAUACCGAAAGAACUUGAAUCUAAAAAAGGUAAAAGCUUCUUCGGCGGAAUUUAUGAAGCAGCUGCCAAGCUUGGUGAUCAAAUUGAAGAUGCCCUUACAUUUAAUAAAGAUGAUCAUGACGAUCAUGAAAAAGCAGAAGCUCUUGUUAUCGUUGAAAAAUCAUCCUCUACUGAAAAAUGUAAAGAAAUUCUUUCAGAUCAAAAGGAUGAUGGUUGUAUUAAAUUAAGUGAUUCAGUUUGUAAUGAAUUAGAUGCUCCUAAAGAAGAAAUCAUUACAACCAUUCAAAAUAAAAUUAGUAAUAUUAAACUUAAAUCACCAGAGUUUUCAUCAAGUCUUGCAACUGCUAUUAAUAUUUCAUACCUUAAAAAUGCUGCGUCUCAAUAUAAAGGUGAAUGGGUAGAUAAAUAUAAUAAAGCUCGUGAAUAUCUCUCAAAACAGAUAGGAGAUUCUGAUGCUGAGAAAGAGCUUUUAGAAUGUACCGAUAACUACGUAGUUGAAAAUUGUACAAAGAAGGUUAUUAAAGAUAAAAAGAGAAAUGCAGUAGUUACAGUUCAAAACUUAACAACCCCCGAAAAAUGCGAAAAUGCAGUAUCUAAUCAAAAGGAUGAUGGAUCCUUCGAAGUCAGUGAGACUAUAUGCAAUGAAUUAGACAUUCCAGUUACAGAAGUAGUAAUCAAAGUAAAAACACGAACGAAAAAUAAAAAACUCAAAUCCCCAGAAUCAGAAUCAUGGUGGAAAACAGCACUUACUAUUAGCUACCUUAAAGUAUCCGCACCACAUCAUGAAA